CAUCGGAGUCCCGUAAACUGCGACUCUACAGAGAUUAGCACACUGUUGCUCUUACGGGAGCCUUUUCUGUCAGUGAAUUCAACGUUACGAGUUUAUUUUUGUACUACACCGUUAACAUAUUUUACACACGAGUCCUGAGCGUCUCUAAAACUGCCGACGGAGGGAAAUGACAUGUCAACGGCACAACUUAAGGCUUCUGCGGACAUUGAAGUGGACCGUAGCGCUGUGAAGGAGACGGAGUGAACAGCAGCAGCAGCGGCAGUGGAGGCAGCAGCCAACUGAAGUUUACUGCUGUUUCCUCGAUAACAAAGGGGCACCGCUUCUCUCAUUCGUGCCAUUAUUCGACGCCAUCGCACCGCCAAAGGCCCGGAAAAGAUUUUUUAAAAUGCAGGACGUGCUCGUUGGCGGUGUUUGUGUCGUGAAAGGACAUGGAGCACGGAAAAGGGCCCUUUGAGUAACACUUAACCGACUCAUAUUCAAGCUCUUUGCUCCAUCAAACCACCCAAACCACCAGAUUUGGUCAACUAAAUGUAAAAGGAUCCCUCUUUCUGGUUCAAGCCACCAUGGACAUCUUUCCCCGGCCAAGCGGUGAGAUCCAGAGGAGGAACCCCCAGCAUGACUUCGAGCUCAUUCAGAGGGUGGGAAGUGGUACAUAUGGAGACGUGUACAAGGCUCGAAUCAUACAAACAGGAGAGCUUGCUGCUGUGAAGAUCAUAAAGUUGGAACCAGGGGAUGACUUUUCCAUCAUACAGCAGGAAAUCUUCAUGGUGAAGGAAUGCAUGCACCACAACAUCGUGGCCUACUUUGGGAGCUACCUCUGUCGAGAGAAACUUUGGAUAUGUAUGGAGUACUGUGGUGGAGGAUCUCUGCAGGACAUCUAUCAUGUGACUGGACCUUUGUCAGAACUCCAAAUUGCAUAUGUCAGCAGGGAGACCUUACAGGGUUUGGGAUAUCUGCACAUCAAGGGCAAGAUGCACCGUGACAUCAAGGGUGCCAACAUACUUCUAACAGACAACGGAGAUGUGAAGUUAGCUGACUUUGGAGUUGCAGCCAAGAUAACAGCCACCAUUGCCAAAAGAAAGUCCUUCAUCGGAACACCUUAUUGGAUGGCUCCAGAAGUGGCAGCAGUGGAGAAAAACGGCGGCUACAACCAGCUGUGCGAUAUCUGGGCCGUUGGCAUCACAUCCAUAGAGCUGGCCGAGCUGCAGCCUCCGAUGUUUGACCUGCAUCCAAUGAGGGCCCUGUUUUUGAUGUCCAAGAGUAGCUUCCAGCCUCCCAAGCUAAAAGACAAGAACAAAUGGUCUGCUGCCUUCCAUAACUUUGUCAAAGUGUCUCUAACAAAGAACCCAAAGAAGCGGCCCACUGCGGAGAAGCUUCUAUCGCACGUGUUUGUGGCCCAGACGGGUUUGACAAGGAGGCUCGCAGUCGACCUCCUAGAUAAGAUGAACAACCCAGACAACCACCAGCAUUAUAGUGAAGUGGAUGACGAUGACCUCGAGCCCCUCUCUGCAGUCAGACACACCAUCCGCUCUACCAACAAACACGCCAGAGCCGAGAGGACGCGCUCAGAGAUCGACUCAAACAAUGGAACAGACCAAGGAGGGCCUUUCUCAAGUCCUAGCUUCACUGAGGGACACAGGGGGGAUGCAGUCGACAAGCUCCAGUUUGAACCGCCGCUCCGGAAGGAAACCGAGGCUCACUCUGAAAUGGAUGUGAGUAAAGAUAACGACUUCCCUUCCCCCUGGAGUCCGUUUGCAGAGGGAGGAAUAACAACCAGGAGCCUUCUCAAAAGCGUUGAGGAUGAAUUAUUCCAACGGGGACACAUUGCCCAUCUUGAAGAUGCCUUUGAAGAAGUGGAGCUGUCGACCCUCAAGCCCGGUGUACCUCCUCCUCUGCCCCCUAAGCCACGAUUGAACAGCUCCUCGGAGGAAAUCGGCCUUAAUGAUGAGAGGUGUCUGACUGUCCGGAGGUUCCCCAACUCUGAGAACGGACCCAGCCAGGUGUCUCGCAGACAGAGCACACCUGAGCAGGGCAACAAGGUGGAGCACUCCUCUCCAGAUUACCUCUCAGCCAGCGUCAGCAGCCCCGGCCUUUUGUCUCACGCCUCUGAUGCUGCUCUCGUUAAACCUGAAUGUAAAGACGAUUCAGAUGACAGCGUGAAUGAAGGCAGUCCCAGGCCACCACCCAACCGGCAGCACCGGAAAGAGAAGAAGGAAUUCCCUAAACCAGCUAUCAACGGCCUGCCACCCACUCCUAAAGUACUGAUGGGAGCCUGUUUCUCUAAAGUGUUUGAUGGCUGUCCAUUGAAGAUCAACUGUGCCACAUCAUGGAUUCAUCCGGACACCAAAGAUCAGUACUUAAUCUUUGGGACAGAGGAUGGCAUCUAUACGCUGAAUCUUAAUGAGCUGCAUGAAGCCACAAUGGAGCAGCUUUUCCCAAGGAAGUGCACGUGGCUGUACGUCAUCAACAACAACCUGAUGUCUCUGUCGGGGAGAAGCUUCCAGCUGUACUCCCACAAUCUCAUCGGGCUGUUUGAACAGCUGAAGAAGCCUGGUUUGGCUGCUCAGUUCCAGACUCAUCGCUUCCCAGAUAAAAUUUUGCCCAGGAGAUUUGCCUUGACAACUAAGAUCCCCGACACAAAGGGAUGUCACAAGUGCUGCAUUGUAAGAAACCCAUAUACGGGCCACAAGUACCUGUGUGGAGCGCUUCAGUCUGGGAUUGUCCUGUUGCAGUGGUAUGAGCCGAUGCAGAGGUUCAUGCUCAUCAAGCACUUUGACUUCCCUCUUCCCAGCCCGCUGAAGGUGUUUGAGAUGCUGGUGGUCCCGGAGCAGGAGUAUCCUCUGGUGUGUGUCGCCAUCAGCCAGGGCACAGAACCGGGUCAGGUGGUCCGCUUCGAGACGAUCAACCUCAACUCCUGCUCCUCCUGGUUCACAGAGAUGGGGACCAAUAAUCAACAGGUGGAUGCAAUCCAUGUCACCCAGCUGGAGAGAGACACAGUGUUGGUGUGUUUGGACCAAAAUUUGAAGAUCGUUAAUCUCCAGGGCAGACUGAAGUCCAACAAGAAGCUGGCCUCCGAGCUCAGCUUUGACUUCUGCAUCGGAUCUGUUGUGUGCCUUCAGGACAGCGUCCUCGCCUUCUGGAAACACGGCAUGCAGGGAAAGAGCUUCAAGUCCAAUGAGGUGACCCAGGAGAUUUCUGACCCAAGCAGAGUCUUCCGCCUCCUCGGAUCCGACAGGGUGGUGGUUUUGGAGAGCCGACCGACCGACAACCCCACGGCUCUGAGCAACCUCUACAUCUUAGCAGGUCACGAGAACAGUUACUGAUCCUGAGCCCGGAAACUGGACGCCUCAGUGUUUGGGAGAAAACUUUUCCAGACCGUCUUUGCGAAGGGAAACGUCUGGUUGGAAAACAGUUAUUAUUGGGAGCUUUUGUUACCGAUCCCCCAGGAUGUGCAGGUCAGUAAAAGUGGAGCCUCUUCAGCGUGGAUUCAUGAGUAGCCUUAAACCACCAGCAGCAACGAGACGUUCACUGUAGCUCCGCCAGAUGACGAGGAAACAGUGAAAACUCAAACCAACGACGUUACUUAGCAUUUUUCUCACUUUUCUAUACCGUGGACCGAGUUGCAAACAAGUUAUCUAGAGGUAUUAUCGACUAAAGUGCCAUUAAAAAUCCACAAGAGUUGUGAUUGUAUUAGGAAACAAACGGGAGAUUUACGGUGUUGUCUGUCACUCAUAAUCACUGCCGGUGGCAAACGUUAGAGAUUUUACCAGCUCUGUAGCCAGACUAAUAGAUCGGAUUAAACAGAAAACCCACGAGCCCUGUGGGUUAUUUAAGCAAUAUUUAUUAACCUCAUCUUCAGUAAAGAGUUGGAUUUACAGGCGGCGACGGAGCUGCGUGAGGAUUAACUACCUAGUGAAGCGUUCCCGGGUGAUUUUUACAGCUUUGUAAUAUAGUCACAUCUCCUGCUCUGCUGCAUUUUUAGAACUUGGAUAUAAUGUACAUGUUUUUUUGUGUUUUUUUUUUUCUUUACCCUCCUCUUUUAUAGACCUUUUACUUCUCAUUAUUUGCACCAUGUAAGCACUUUUGUACAUUUUUUUUUAAUUUAAAAUGAAAUGACAAAAUGAGGGACAAUGCUAGGUUUUAUUAACAUCUCUGCACUCCCUUCGCAAAAUGUUUAAUGUAUACUGUUUCUUUUGUAAUAAAAAAAAAGCUGUUAACAUGAUAAAA